AAGAAAUAAUUUCCCAGGAGGGAGGCGCCUAAAAGUCAAGCCCAUUCACCCAUUCAGCCUACUUACUGUACAGGAAAACUUUGACUUCUGCGGAAAAACAAAACACGAGGCAUAGCGAUCACACUGGUGCAAGUAGCCGGUGCACUUAUAUUUGGCGUCGUCGCGAAGUGCGCUCUCUUUACCUGUCGACCGCAGUUACGUCGUGUUUACCUGGCCGUCACCUGUCAGGAAAAUCAGAUGAUAUAUAAUGGCACUCCCUUGCAAGAAUCCAGCUCCAGACCUGACAAAACCAGAUGGCAAUGAGCUUCAACUCAAAGUGGACUUCUUCAGAAAACUUGGCUACUCUUCAGAAGACGUGGAGGCUGCCCUGAGGAAGCUAGACCUAGACACUGACACCAACGCGGUCCUGGGAGAAUUGGUUCGGAUUGGGGCCCGGGCAGCCCCCUGCAUUUCAAAUUCAGAAAAUGAUGAGAGGAGCACAGGGUUCAAGAACUCUCUCCUGCCUCCCAGCUGGACCUCUGGACCUUCCAGAAACACGCCAGAAGCUGUGCACAAGAAACAUACAGAUGAGGAUCUUAGGCCUAUUGUUAUUGAUGGCAGCAAUGUGGCCAUGAGUCAUGGCAACAAAGAGAUCUUCUCGUGUAGAGGCAUCCAGCUGGCAGUGAACUUUUUCCUGGACAGAGGUCAUAAUGAUAUAAAAGUGUUUGUUCCCACCUGGCGCAAAGAGCAACCCCGGGCUGUUGCCCCCAUUACUGAUCAACGCAUCUUGACAGAGCUUGAAAACCGUGGCAUCCUUGUCUUCACUCCUUCUCGUCAUGUCAGGGGCAAGCGAGUGGUUUGUUAUGAUGAUCGCUACAUUGUCCAGGUAGCGUCCGAGUCCGAGGCCGUGAUUGUAUCCAAUGACACCUAUCGUGACCUCCAAGGAGAAAAACCGGAGUGGAAAAAGUGCAUUGAAGAGAGGCUUCUGAUGUACUCAUUUGUGAAUGACAGAUUCAUGCCCCCAGAUGACCCUCUUGGUCGCCAUGGCCCCACUCUUGACAACUUCCUCAGAAAAAAGCCCCUGCCUAUAGAACAGAAGAGACAACUUUGUCCCUACGACAAAAAGUGCACUUACGGCAUCAAAUGCAAGUUCUAUCACCCAGAGCGGACCAACCAGUCUUACAUGUCUGUGGCUGAUGAACUGAGAGAAAAAGCCCAGAUUUCCUCAAAUGAACCAAGUGCCCGAUCAUCACCAAAGUUCUAUUUGGGAGAUGCAGAUCCUGUCAAAAACAUCCAGGUUAGUGAAAAUGUCCUCUUGUACAGAGACUCUCAUGGGAGCAGUCAGAAUCACAUACAACUUAGUGGGGAGCACAGUCAGAGUGAGUGGGCAGGGCAACCUCAGCUCAUGCACAGUCAUUACUAUGCCAACGGCUCUCAGGAGUACCUGGACUCUGGCCUGGGCUCUUACGACAGCCAUAGCAACUCCCACCGGCUCUGGUCCCAACAACAAAGCAUGGCCGCAUCUGGAUCCAGACAUGCCUCUGUGCAGGAGAAAAACUUCUGUUCUUUCAUGCUUCCCUUAUCCACUGGACAGCAGCCUGCCAGAAACAUGGAGGAACAUCCCAAAUACAACUCCUUUGCUUAUCCGUGCAGUAUUCCAAAUAAAGGCAGCCUACCAGUCCAUCUUCAGUACAGCAGAGCACCUCAUCCUGACCAGAAUUAUUGGUCUGAUCCGUACAGUUGCAUGCCACAAGCGAGGACAAGUAACCCAGGCACAGCUCAUUCCCUUCACCCCAGCAGCCCUUACAGUCACCCCCAGUACCACCUAAGGCCACCGCCAGCUUCCACUGAUGACCCAAAGAUGGAACUACGCAGUCGGUUACAAGCCAUUUUUAACCCCAAAGAUGUCGAUAUUGUUAUGAACAUGUUCCCAAAUCUAAUGGACCCUGAAAUACUGGCAGGAGAGAUAUUGAAAGUGAAGAAUCAGAAGGGAAUUUUCCAAUAAGGAACACUGAUUGUAUAAUUAUUACCGUCUGUAUUACAUUAGCACAGAUUUGAAUAAAGAAUUGGCAAUAUGUUUUGUAUCAAAUGCUGAUGUAUUUAUUCAGAUUUGAGACCACUAUGCAUGCAUAUGAGCCUUGUGACAAGAUUUUUUUAUUGUUUUGUUUUUAAUACAGAACAAUUUAUGUGAAAAUGGUCGUAUGGCCCUAGUGUCAAAUGUAAGAUGGAGUGUGUUUUAAUUCCAACAAUUCUCUAGAAGCGUGUUUCUAGAGCGUGUACUGUUGAUACAUAUUGUGUCAGGUUGUUAUUGAUGGAAGUUCUCAUGAUGACUAUGAGUAUUAUUGAUCUGUUUUAGUGAUUUUUUUACCAUAUAUUGUCAGCCUUAAUUUAAUUCUAAAUAAAGGCUGCCAAGUUAUGACUCAAUAUUACAUUCAUGACAGAAUGCAAAAUAAAUUCUUCAAGGAAGUAGCGCAGUUUUACCAGAAUCCAAAACUGAUAUGGUCUUUGUCCUUUCUCUUGUACCAGGAACAAGAUUUAGUUUCACAACAUGCUCCCAUAAAAGGUUGUGCAUACACAGGUAUUUGUGUGACCAUGGUACUACAUGUCUAAAAACAAAUAAUUAUGAACUUUGUAAUGGAUUUUAGUUUUCAAACUAUAAAUGUAAUCAAUGAAUGUAAUGUAAAUAUAAUUUAAAUAAAACAAAUAAAUACAUU